AGCUCUGUCACUUCCGGUUUGGUGUGUUUGGCAAAAUUGACGUGGCAGGCGUUGUUUUUUCUUUAUUAUUCAGUAAUUUGAUACCAAAAUUGUGAUUGAAUUUAAUCGUUUGAUUAAAUACUUAAAGCAUAUAUCACAGGACUGAUUUUAGUACAAAGUGAAGAAUGGGUUUGACAAUAUCGGGACUUUUCAAUCGCUUGUUCGGGAAGAAGCAAAUGAGAAUUCUUAUGGUUGGACUUGAUGCAGCUGGAAAGACAACAAUUCUAUACAAAUUGAAACUUGGAGAGAUAGUCACAACCAUUCCAACAAUAGGCUUUAAUGUUGAAACAGUAGAAUACAAGAACAUUAGUUUCACAGUAUGGGAUGUGGGUGGCCAGGACAAGAUCAGACCUCUAUGGAGACAUUACUUCCAGAAUACACAGGGUUUGAUAUUUGUAGUGGAUAGUAAUGACAGGGAAAGAGCAGAAGAGGCAAGAGAAGAACUCAGUAAAAUGCUCAAUGAGGAUGAAUUGAGGGAUGCCAUUUUGUUGGUAUUUGCAAACAAGCAGGAUUUACCCAAUGCCAUGAGCGGUGCAGAAAUAACAGAAAAGUUAGGAUUAAACAAUUUGAGAAACAAACAAUGGUAUAUCCAGGCAACAUGUGCCACACAAGGCGACGGACUGUAUGAAGGAUUGGACUGGUUAUCAAACAAAUUGUCAGAGCGAUGAGACUGUGUUAUAAACAAGACUGUGGGACUAAAUUAUAGGGAUAGAAAAUACUUGCUAAAAAUUUACAGAUUUCUUCCAAAUAUUGAAUUCAUAAAUGAAAUACCUGAAAAUAGAAAUGUUUUAACAGAAAAUUACCUAUCUGUUUUUGAGAAGAGGACAAAUUCUGUAUGAUUAAAAGAAAAUUACAUGUAUUUAAGAUACUUUAGAGAAGGGGGCAAAUUUUGAAUGAUAAAAAGAAAAUUAUUUAAAGAAACUAGUUGAGGUAAUUGGUCAGUACAACUUACAGGGCUAAAACAUUUUUAGGCCGAUUAUUUGUCGAGAUCUGUAAAUGAUCGUAAGUACUAUAACAUUUUGACUGGCUACAUGUAAGACCAUGAAAUGAGCCACAAUGAAGUGUUACUUUGGAUUUCAGCUCUUCAUGUCUUAACAUUGAGAAACUGUUUCCCUCACAGUGAGACUAUUUAUUUAUGUACAUAUAACAUAUUAAAUUGCUUAAAACUCUGGCGCCUGUUAAGGGAAAUUUAUAUUAAUAUUUAUUGAAACAGUGAUGUAUAAUGUUGAAAAAUCUUUGUUCAUUUAUUUCAAAUAGGGGAUCAGUUUAUUGUUUAUCUACUUGAAAGGCAUGAAUAAAUUAUGGCGAUUAUUGUAAACAAAUUCUCUUUAGUUCAUAAAGAUAAUUAUGUCUCCCUCACCAUUGUGUGGUGGGAGACAUAUUGAUUUACUCCUGUCUGUCUGUCCAUCUGUCACAGAUCUUUUCCGCACUCUUAGUCGAACAUUUCUCAUCCGAUCUUCACCAAACUUGAACAAAAUGUGUUUGCCAAUAAGUCCUCAGCCAAGUUCGAUAACUAGCCAAAUUGGCCUAGGUACUUCAGCAUUAUGGCCAUUGAAUUGAAUUGAUAGGCCGCUUACUCCAACAGGCUUACUCCAACACUUAUCCGAUCGGUCGCUUACUCCAAAACUAUCAAAGUUAGUAAACAGUAUAUAAAGACAGACUUACUAUUCAGAUGAUUAGGCAGUUGUGGGAGACAUGCGCUUUUAUCAAAGCAGCUCUAGUUUUAUUCUGAUUUCAUAUUAGAUUUGCUGCAGAUCAGUUAGCUUGCACACCACUUACGUUUUGCGAUUUCACAGACAAAUAUUUGCGUGGUAAGGAAUUCACUUUUCGGAAUAUUCAAAGACUAUUUUGAAGUUGAAUGUCACUCUGUAGGCGGAUUCAUAUUAGUGAAAGUUAAACCAUUGUAAACACAACACAGUCUACAAUAAUGGCAGUAAUUUAUUUUUCUGUAUUAAUGAUCACAAAAUUUUCAUAUGCUGAAAACAAGAAAAAGAAAUACAGUUAGUUUAAUGACAUUGUAUUUGUAAAAUUCAAAGUGUUUCUAGUCUGGCAUAAGUUCACAUAUUUGACUAACUCAGGAACAAUGCAGUGAAGAUUUGAUCCCAUAGGAUUCAUUAAUGCCAAAUAUGAAUUAAGGUUUGUUUACUGUGACAUUAAUUAACAGAUUUAUUUUAGAGUACUAAUUAAAGUGUUAAGAAAUGCAUUUAGCAUCGAGUAAAUUCCACUACAGCUGUAGCUGCAGUAAUCAGCCAGAGUUCUAUGUUCAGUUCAUGUUCAAAAAUAAAACCAGAUCCAUUUACAGGUUUUGGUAAACGCUUCUAUUUUGGCCAGGAGUUUCUUAAGACCCUAGUGUUCGUAUAAUGUUAUUUACUUUUAGACAGUUGUAAUUUCUUUUAAGAAACACAUAUUUUUUUCACUUGGGAACAUUUAGGCUUUCUAAUGUUUUUACUUACGUUUAUGUAUGUGUAAUAUGUAGUUGCUGUGAUAUUCACACUUCUUGCAUAUUUUGAAGUUUUUACCAUAUUCAUUUGGAAUUCAUAGUUGCGAUAUGUGUUAUAUAUGUAAUACUAUAUAUACCCAGCAGAAAUAGACUCAUUUGAUUGGUCUAGCCAGUUGCACAUGCAUGUUUGCUGAAACCGAUAAUUUCAAGGUGGUAUUGACCUGUAAUAUCUUACUUAUUUCCCACUUUUUCAUGCAACAUAGUGGAUAUUUACUAGAUGAUAGAACAAUAAGUAUUGUAGAGUCAUGUUGAGGUCAAAAUGUAGUUUAAUUACAUGACAUCAUAAAGUUCUAACUGAAUGGCUUACCAGUCAAAACUCGUACGGACCUCUGGCAAUAGUUUCACCUAUUGAACGGCAAGCUUGGGACAUUGUAACUUCAAGGCAUGUCAACUAAAGUGCACAUCUGCCUGCAAGUCAUUGGACUUCUGCUUUCAUAAAAAUUUAUUUACAUUUUUUUUUUGCCUGUCAGAAACAAGCUACUUUGAAUGGAAUGAAAAUACCAAUAAUCACUGCCUAUGGUAUUUGAUCGAUAGUGUUGCUUAUAUUGAUGACGUACCUGUAAAUGAAAGUAAAAUCCAGUCAAAUUGUUGGGAAAUAUGUUUAGCUAGAAUAAUGAACAGUACUUGUAUUUCCCAUAUAUGGUAAAAGCUUUCUUGUGUGAUUUUGUAAAAGUGCUGUUCAUUUGUGUUUGGUUUAACUGUGCAGUUGAUAUAUGGAUAUCCAUUGUCUAAAAUUGCUGUAAUUUCACAUUUAAGAUUAUCUACAAGUCGAGGAAAACAUGUAGAUUUUGCAUGUUUGUGUAUAGUUUAACACCGCUCACUCAGUGCCAGAAGGAAGUGAUCGAAAUGCUCGAUUUAGACAGGAUUGUGAGCAAUCCGAAUAUAGAAAAUAUAAGAAGAAAUGCAGGAACCACGUAGAUCGUUUGAGCCAGCACUUGUGCUGAAGCGAGUGGUGUUUCACUUUCACUUUCCUACAAGAUUUGUUCAAGAUACAGAUAAUCUAUAGAAAAAAAAGGCUUAAGAAAAGAUGUAAUUAUGAGCCUGGAUAAGUACACAUAUGUUUGAAUGGAGUAUGCACACUUGCUGAAUAGUGAAUGUGAUACGGUAUUAAAUUUCUAUUGUCUUGGUAAUUCCACUUUUUGUUCCAGAUAUUUUAUAUACAUAUAAAAAGUAUUAUUAGAUUCCAGUGUUUUCACUUUGGUACAUGGGUUUGAUUUUAGAUGGGUGCUACCAUAGCUGUAGAAAGGUUUCUGUUGUUAGUGAUAUCACUGAUAUGAAAUAUACGAUACUAAACCUAGAAAAUGAAUUCUCUGAAAAAAAACAACAAUGAUCAAAUUUAUUAAAGUAGUAAUAAGAUAUGAGAGAGUGCUUCGACAGUUGCCAGUAACCAGUAUUUUUUUCUAUAAAUGAAUUUUAAAGUUACGGAACAGAACAAGUUAGUUUUUCACAUAAAUUAGAUAAUAUAUUCACUAUGUUGUAAAUAAUUUAAGAUAUUUGUUGUAUUGCUCUAAACAAUUGCUCGCCAAAACUGCUUUUAUAUCAGCUAUGUUAAGUAAAAGUGGGAGUAUGUUAAUUGAAACAAGUAAGUUGACCCAUUGUAAUUGAAUGAUUUUCUUUUAAACACCUGUGUACAUGAAUAAUAAAAACUCUUCUUGUACAACUGAUUGAGUUUGUAGGGAAUCAGUGAAUGCAAGAAUGAAGAUGAGCAGGAUGGUUUUAGUUCGCAAAUUUGGCUUACAGCUGUAAAAGAAAUGGGCUUACUCCUAACAUUGAGAAAAAUUACUUGUAGUGUUCCUUUAGUAAAUGUAUACAUACCGGUAGUAAAGAUAUAUUCAUGUUGAUAAUCAGCAGUCUUGUUAACAUGAAUAUUUCAUGUCUGUUACAACAGUUGAAAAAGAAAAAAAAAGUUUCGCAAGAGGCAAACAUUAUUCUGGACCGACGGUAGCUUGUGAACAGGCUAAACAGGUUUGUCAAAUGAAAUGAAAUACUCAGUAGAAACAAGGUUGGCAGACAGGCUUUUUUGGUGUAGCGAGAAACCUAUAAGGAAGCAGUUGUUUAGAAUGGUACGGUAUAAUAAAUCCACAUAAUGUGCAUUGAGAGAUUGUGACCAUUAAAGUAUAUGUGUUUAAGUGAUUAUUGUGUAUAAAUUGUACAUUAUUAAAUCUGGAAGUACAA